AUGGACCCUCGCAACGUCCCAAUCCCCAGCUUCCCGGCUCCUGUCGUGGAUGGAGAUGAUGUCCUGUAUGCGCUUCAGAGGCGUCAACAGGCAUGGGCGUUCCCGAGGCAAAGUGACGCCCCUCCAGGUUUCAGCCAAAUGCAUCAUCUGCAACAGCAACAGCAGCCGGAAGAGCAGCUUUCCCAUUUCUCUGCUGCCCGCCAGCCAUUCUCUCUUUCCUCUAUCCAGGCCCCUAUCCAGGCCACUCCCGCCCUAGAGCCUCCAACUCCGCCGCGACGACAAUCAGUAGCUCAGUUACCUCCGAAGCGGUCAUCCAUAGCUCAAGGAAGGAGAGAUUCGACAAAGGGUACUGGAUCAAACUAUACUCUGGCAUGUCUUAAUUGCCGCUCUAAGAAGAUAAAGUGCCUGCUCGAAGAGGGAGGCUGCAAGAAAUGCAAGAAACUUGGAAUCCCCUGUCCAGGCCCGGAGGUGGACGAACGCAAACGCCCCUCUUCAAAGAGACACAUUCGCGAGUUACACCAACGCAUCCACGACUUAGAAGCUGCUCUGAAGCAGAGCGAGGCCCUACGCAAAGCUCAGGCACAAAAUUUCCAUACAAUUCGCGGGAUUGCGCAGUUCUCACCACCGGAAUCUCCGGUAUCCCUGCUCCGGCAGAAGGUGCCGGAUAACAUCAUCGCACGCCUUUGCGAUGGGCGAUACCAGUUAAAUUAUGACUCUAACGGACAGCUGCGAUAUUUCGGUCCAACCUCCAGUUUACACCUGACCGACACGGUGGCAACAUCUAUCGUUCGGUCAUGGGGAGAAUACCCAACUACUAACCCCAAGAUUGAGGUUUGCGAGAUCGAUGCCGAAACCCAAGAGUACUUGCUGAACCUUUAUUGGAAGUUUCAACACACCGAGCUUCAAGUCCUCCAUAAAGAUGCAUUUCUUCGUGAUAUGGCAACGGGUCAGACAAAGUUUUACAGCAAGGCGCUUUUGUACUGUAUCAUGGCUUGUGCCGCUCGCAUUUCACAUAGGCCUGAGAUCCGUGCGAUGGUACUGACGCCCGGACUCUCGGCAUCUGAUGAACUCCCGCCUCUAUUCGCUGCUGCAUCCAAACUUGUGGAUGAGGAGUUGAAACACCCCCAAAUCACAACCAUCCAGUGUUUGUUACUGUUAUCUGUGAUUUAUUGUGCUUUCUCCCAGGACACAAAAGGCUGGGUUUUGACAGAUUUGGGUUUACAUCGUGAUUGCUCGUCAUUCACAGACAAGUUCUCCCCAAUGGGCAUCGAGGCACGCUCGAUUGCAUUUUGGGGUUGCGUCAUAUUCGACAGGCUGUGGUCGCUCUACCUUGGCCGCCAGUAUUGUCUACGGCUUGACGGAGAAGUCACAGUACCUCGACCAGCUGCGACGGCAGCUGUGAGCGGGAUGAUAGCAACAUGGGAAGCCCGAUUAGCCGAUGCAUGGAGCAGCUUGCUCGAAAUCGUCGGAUUCAUCUGUGAAGCUUUGUAA